GAGUGCUUCCGCAGAUUGCCGAGCGGCAUCCGAGCGUGCGAAAGGACGCGGCGGCGUCGGGCCUGGUCGUUUUCGGGCGGAAAGGAAGGAAGAAAGGGAGGCAAGCGAGAGGUAUGGAGACCAGAAAGCUAAUUACCGCCACGGACAACCAGUACUCUGGUAUGCUCUUAAAGGCUUUGGAUGAGCAACGUGGCCACGGACUUUUUUGUGACGUUACUGUCAUUGUGGAGGACCGGAAAUUCCGAGCCCAUCGAAAUGUCCUCUCCGCCUCAAGCACUUACUUCCAGCAGCUCUUCUCGGUGGCUGGGCAAGUGGUGGAGCUGAACUUUGUUAGGGCAGAGAUCUUUGCAGAAAUUCUCAACUACAUCUACAGUUCCAAAAUAGUCAGAGUGAGGUCGGACUUGCUCGACGAGUUGAUCAAAUCAGGGCAGUUGCUGGGAGUCAAGUUUUUGGCCGAUCUGGGGGCCCCUCUGCAGCAAGUGAAGAACAUGUCGGGUGGGAUGGGGCCCGGCACGUCGGAAAUCCCCAACCCGGACGCAAACAGCCUCGAAACGCUAAACUCUCCAGCCCAGCCCGGGACGCGGGAUCUCAUUGAUGAGAAACCUGUGAUAAUGGAAACGUUUUCGUUGUGCGACAAGGAGUGCGACAACACGAAGAUCACCAUUAGCGAUUCCGAUGACGACGACGAUGUCAUUUUCUGUUCGGAGCUCGUAGCACCAAAGGAGCCCAAAGGGGCAACCCAAGGCCAGCCUUGCGCAAACUCAGUGGGGGCUUCUGAGCAAACAAACUGUGGGAGCAGCACCUCCCCUCAAUCCGUGGCAGACUCCUCUGCCGUUCAGACAAACCCAACCGAAGGCCAAGCGCCGACUGAGGCGCCUGCCCCUUCUGCUCUGAAUGCUGCGGCACCUCACAUCCUGACAUUGAAUCCGUCGCAGAUGGGUGCUUCGCCGGAUGUUAGCUCGUCGCAUGAAAUAGAGGUGUCUCCUAUCCCUGAGGAGAAUCAGCCGCCAUGCCAUAAUGAUUCUUUGACAGACAUGGAAACCAAUGCCGUUGACGAGGAGGAAGAGGACGACGAGGAUGUGGAAGACGACGAUGACAUCCUCGGCGCGUCCAGCCCGGGUUCGGCGAGCAGUAGCUCUUUGGUCCAGCAGCCCACUACUACUCCCAAGCCUACUAUUGCUGCUGCUUCUACUACUAUUACUACUACUGAUGUUACCACUGCUGCUGUUGUGUCUACAACCGACAACGCGGGGCUUCAGAAGACGCAAGCGAUCGCCCUGCUGCAGAAGCCGGUCCCUCAACCGAACGAGUUCAACAUCAAGAUUUCGAAUGUUAUCUCUGCGAGCAAAAAGGAUGCUCCGGCAGGCGUUGCGCCGAAGCAUAUCACCGAAGGCCAGAAGACGAUCACUUUGGACACGGCGACGGAGAUCGAAGGCUUGUCGACGGGUUGCAAGGUGUACGCGAAUAUCGGCGAAGAUACCUACGACGUCGUCAUUCCGGUGAAACACGAGGCCGACGGGGAAGUCCGGCUGGACGACGUGCCCAGGACGUCGGGGGACGAUUCCGCCGACCGGAAGCGCCUGAAGGUCAAGCACGACGACCAUUAUGAACUCAUCAUGGACGGGAAAGUCUAUUACAUCUGUAUCGUGUGCCGGAGGUCCUACGUUUGCCUGACGAGUUUGCGGAGACACUUUAACGUCCAUUCCUGGGAGAAGAAAUACCCCUGCCGCUACUGCGAGAAGGUUUUCCCUCUGGCCGAGUACCGCACCAAGCACGAGAUCCACCACACCGGAGAGAGAAGGUACCAGUGCUUGGCGUGCGGUCAGUGUUUCAUCAACUAUCAGGUCAUGGCGACACACCUGCGCUCCGUGCACAGCCAGGAUCCUUCGGGGGAGUCCAAGCUGUACCGCCUGCACCCGUGCCGCUCUCUGCAGAUCAGAAAUUAUGCAUAUAUUUCAGGUAGUUCUAGCAAUAGUAUACCGAUGGCGAAUGACAAUGCUCUCGUUUACCCCGUUGCUCCUGCAAAAGAUGCUUCUCAGGAACCAGCCCCGAACCCUCCGGCAAAGCCAAUGACGUGGGAUGAUAUCUUUGUUCCGCAGGCGAACGAGUCUCUCUUUAAACAAAACCCAUCCGACGGUAGUACUGAGUUUGAGUUCGUGAUACCCGAAUCGUAUUGAAAUGAUCUGAAAUGGAAAUGUGGGAAUUUUUUUAUAUAUAUAUACAUAUAUAAAAAAAGAUAAAGUUAAAAAAUAUCCCUGCAAAAAUGGGCUGCUCGAGAAAAAAGUUGUAGAACAUCUCAUGUUAUGUAAACAAAGUCUGUGUGUUUUAUACCUAGCCAGCAAAAGGUAGUAUUUUGAAAGUAGAAUCCCUGUGAUGUUUUGGGUGACCUUGUGAAAGAUGCUUGGACGGAGCGGGAAACACCUUUAGUUGAGGGCAGGCAACGUUGUUUAGGAAAUUACACGCUCAGAGCACUUAGCUCAUCAGUGUCCAUCCAGGUCAGGAACGUUCCCAACCACAGCAAAAUGUACAAUAAUGGGAAUAUUGCCACUUGAACCACUUAAUAUGUAUUCCCUUCUUCCAUAUUAGCACUUUAACGCAGAAAGUCCUUUCAUCAUUAAUGCUGGAGACUACAAAAGGGCAGACGAGAUAGGUUUUUUUGAAAUAGAAAACAAUACGGUCUAUGUGUUGUCGAAGGUUUUAUAGCCAGAGUCAUUGGGUUGCAGUGAGUAUUCCAGGCUGCCUGGCCAUGUUCCAGAAGCAUUCUCUCCUGACAUUUCGCCCACAUCUAUGGCAGGCAUCCUCAGAGGUUGUGAGGUCAGUUGGAAACUAGGCAAAUGGGGUUUAUAUCCCUGUGGAAUGAUGUCCAGGGUGGGAGAAAGAACUCUUGUCUGCUUGAGGCGAGUGUGAAUGUUGCCAUUGGCCACCUUGAUUAGUAUUGAAUGGCCUUGCAUCUGCAAAGUCAGUCAGUGAGGGUAUCUGCAUAGAGGUCUGUUCAAAAUGAGGCAAGGAGGGUGUAUAUAUAUCUGUGGAAUGAUGUCCAAGGUGGGAGAAAGAAUUCUUGCCUGUUGCAGGCAAGUGUGAAUGUUGUAAUUAACCAUCUUGUUUAGCAUCAAGUAGCCUUGCAGCUUCCAAGCCUGGCUGGUUGCUGCCUGGUGGGAAUCCUUUGCUGGGAGGUGCUAGCUGGACUUGAUUGUUUUGUGUCUGGAAUUCCAUGUUUGUUAAAAAAAAAACUCUAAAAUUUGGACAGUAAAUAAAGAACAACACUAAGUAGGGAAAUUCCAGACAAGAAUCAAUCAAGGCCAGCUAACACCUCCCAACAAAGGAGUCCCCCAGGCAGCAACCAGACAGGCUUUGAAGCUGCAAUGCCAUUUAAUGCUAAUCAAGGUGACCAGCUGCAACAUUCACACUUGCCUCAAGCAGACAAGAGUUAUUUUGCCUGCCUUGAACAUUCCAGAUAUAUACACCCAACUAGCUUAGUUUCCAACAGACCUCCUUGAUUAGCACUGAAUGGCCUUGCAGCUUCAAAGCCUGGCUGAUUGCUGCCUGGGGGAAUACUUUGUUGGGAGGUGUUAGCUGUCCCUGAUUUAUUUUUGUCUGUAAUUCCCCCAUUUUUUUAAGUAUUGCUCUUCAUUUAAUGUCCUGAUUUUGUCUGUUGGAGGCAAGUGUGAAUAUUGCAAUUAAUCACCUUGAUUAGCAUUGAAAAACCUAAACUCUAAAAUCAGGAUAUUAAAUAAAGAACAACACUCUAAAAACAAGGGAAUUCUAGGCAUGAAACCAUCAGGGCCAGCUAACACCUCCCAACAAAGGAUUCCCCCAGACAGAAAGCAGCCAGGCUUUGAAGCUGCAAGACCAUUCAGUACUAAUCAAGGUGGCCAGUUGCAGCAUUCAUACUUGCCUCAAGUGGACAAGAGUUCUUUAUCCCACCCUGGAUAUUAUUCCACAGAUAGAUAGAUAGAUCCUCAACUUGCCUUCUUUCCAACACACCUCUAUUCAGAUACCCUCACUGAUUGACUUUGAAGCUGCAAGGCCAUUCAAUGCUAAUCAAGGUGGCCAAUUGCAGCAUUCACACUUUCCUCAAACAGAAAAGAGUUCUUUCUCCCACCCUACGUAUUCUUCCACAGAUACAUAAACCCCACUUGCCUAGUUUCCAACAGACCUCACAACCUCUGGGGAUGCCUGCCAUAGAUGUGGGUGAAACAUCAGGAGAGAAUGCUUCUGGAACAUGGGCCAUACAACCCAGAAAACUCACCGCAACCCAGUGUGGUCUUUACCUCUGAAGGUAGCUUAGCUCAGUGCGGCUCCAACAGCAUUACUCAUGAAUCCUACUAUUUUUUUGGAGUUGCAUCCUAAUUCCAUUAUUUUUCUGCCUGUAAACAUUCACCAAGGCGCUCCAGGUGAAUGUUACCCAUCCUGGAGAAGGAGUGAGAUCCUCCGAAGGGGAGAAAUCCGAAUGUUAUUUAUAUUUGGUAACAAAAGUUAUCCGGUGGCUGGACCAUCUUUUGACGUUCUGUCAGUCGAAAGUCCAAGUGACACUGAUGGAAAAACGACCUGUAUGCAAGGUUUUUUUUUUCCUGAUACUGAGGAAUUAUCUUGGGCCUUCUUUCUACUG